CAAAAAUCAUGGAAAAUAUUGAAAAAAAUGAUGGCCAACAACAGGAUACGAAAUCAAAUUCAUUUGUUGAACAAGAAGCACAAUAUCGUCAAAUGAUUUUAAACAAUUAUGGUGAUAAUGAUAAUAAAAUUACCUAUAAAUCAUCAAGAAAAUUAUUGGAAAGUUUUCUAAAAAUCUGUCUCAAACAACAAUUACGUGAACGUUGUCAGAAUAUUCAUCCUAACAACAACAACAACAACAAUCAUAAUAAAAUAGCACGUGAAUUACAAACCAUUCUAGUGCAUGGUGAAUCUCGAUCAAGUAUUAUACAUUUUGUUAAUGAUGCAUUAAACAGAAUUGCACAUUGUUGUACACAUAUAAUGAUUAUACAUAUAUCGAUGGAUCGAUUAAUUGAAAGUCGUCAUUCAUUGGAAAAUAUAUUUAAAGUUGCAAAUAAAAUGCAUCCAUCCAUCAUAUGUAUUGAAGAUAUUGAUCGAUUUAUGAUGAAUGAUACACAACAAUCAAAAUUAAAAGGAAAUUUUAAACGUUUAUUUAAUCAAUUUAUUGAUUUUAUAAAUAAUUUAAAACAAAAUAAUAAUAAUGAAGAUAUUAUUAUUAUUGGCCAAACAAAUCUUUUAAAUAAUUUACAUGCAAAAAUUUUAAAAUUAUUUCGUAAACAUAUUUAUGUACCAGAACCAACAAUAGAUGAACGUUAUAGAUUUUUAUUGAAUGAAAUAUCUGAACAAUAUAAUGAUCAUUGUUUAUUGAAUGAACAGGAUAUAAGAUAUUUUUCAGAAAUUACAAAAAAUUAUUCAUUUGCUGAUCUUCGAACAAUUAUUGAACAUGUUUGUAUUAAUAAUGAUAAUGGUGGUGGUGGUGGUGAUUGUGAUUUUAAUAUUGAUCAAUCAUCUAUCAAUGGUUUAACAUUGGAAAUGUUGAUGCGAUCAAAACAAAAAAUUCCACCAUCAUAAUGAAUUUUUUCUUUUGUUUGUUUCCU